AUGAAACUUGUGGGUUUAUUCGCCCUUUUGGCCCUCACUUGUGAGUCGCUGGUUGUUCAAAAACGUCUUGCAACCCCAGAAUCCAAAAACAAUGGAUACUUCAAGAUUGACUUUGAGGUCGCUGAAAGAGAUCCUUUUGAUCCAACUAGAGUCGUUAAACGUUCGGAAAUGGGUGGUAGAAGCACCAAUUACGAAGCAUUGGCUAAGAGAAGCCGUCAGCAAUUGCAUAAAAGAUCAGGGAACUCCUCCAGUGUUAAUGAUGCUGUGACAAUUUACAACAACCGGACGGUUGAAUAUUAUGCAAAUAUCUCCCUUGGAACCCCUCCUCAAAACUUCUCAGUGCAAAUGGAUACUGGAUCAUCUGAUUUGUGGAUUUUUGCCAAAUCCAAUCCAUAUUGUAAUUUCGGUUCCAGCAGUUCCAAAAGAGAUCUUGACGAAAAGGAUUGGAAUUACGAUGGUGCUAUGAGCUCUUUAGAAGCCGGAAUUAUCUCAAUUAAUAACGAUGCCUACACUGCAACUGAUGGUGAAUUUUCAACCAUUGAUGAUAAUACGGCCACUGCCAUCUCUUCUGCUACAAUCUUUAGUGUCACUUCUUCUGCUACAAAAGUUUCCAGUGCUACAUUGGGCACUACAACUGCUAGUGCUUCUGUCUCUGUUACCAAAACUUCUAGUGCUUCUGCUUCCGGUGGUUCUAAAACUUCUAGUGUUUCUGCUUCCGGUACAAAGACCUCUAGCGCUACGUCUGUUACUAUAACUGCCAGUGCUGCCACUUCUGGUACUACCACUUUAGCGUCGAGUGGUGAUUUUGAAUCUAUUAAUAGAAUAACCUACAUCACCCCAUCUUAUAAUUCUGAACAGGCAACGCUUUCAAUCGAUACUGCUACGGUGGAGCCUACCAUUGCUUGUGACGACUCAGGAUAUUUCAACCCUGACGACUCCAGCAGUUUCCAUGAGACCGACAAUACGUUCGUGAUCGGUUAUGCUGAUUACACAUUCGCCCAAGGGACCGUUAACCAAGAUACCCUUGUUUUUAAUGAUUUUGUCAUUGAGAACUAUACUUUUGGGCUUGCCACUGCCGCCAAUUCAUCAGAAAUGGUGUUUGGUAUUGGGUUGCAAGGCGACGAGACUUUGGGAUUGUACGAUAAUUUUCCGUUGAGACUCGUUGAUAGCGGGUACAUCAACCGUGCGGUGUAUUCUCUAUACCUUAACGAUUUCAAUGCCACUUCGGGGAGUAUCCUUUUUGGGGCAGUUGAUAGCUCAAAAUACACUGGUGCUUUGACCACAUUCCAAUUGAUUAACAUUUAUCCUCAAGAAUACACCAACCCUACCUUCUUUUAUAUCACCUGUGACAGUAUCGACCUUACUUAUGCUAGUAAUAGCUCCGUUGCUCUGAAGGUAUCUUCUGCAAAACACCCAAUAUUGUUUGACUCUGGAACUUCGGUCUUUCAAGUGCCUCCAACAGUAUAUGAAUGGAUUGGGGUGGCGUUCGAACAAAUCUCAUAUAUCGAAGAAGUCGGAGGUUAUAUUGCCAAUUGUAAUGCUUUAAAAGAAUAUAAUUUCGAUUUCACCUUCCAAGGUGUCACUUAUUCAAUUCCUCUUUCAUUCUUUGGUACCUCAAUGACUCAGGCCACUGAAAUAUUUUUGGGAGCGGUUGAUCUGAAAUACAAUAAAGCUGAUUAUUGCUUUUUGAAUAUUUUACCUAAUGAUGAAGGGGUUAUGAUUGCCGGGGAUACUUUAUUGCGGUGGUUCUAUGUAGUUUAUGAUUUGACAAAUUACGAAAUUCUGUUGGCCCAAGCAGUGUUUGAUAACAGUGCUGAAGAUAUCCACGUUGUUUCUGCCCUUGGUAAGAUCCCUGGGGCAGUAUCUGCUGCUGAUUCCGGUAUGUAUGAGUUCACAGAUGGUAGCCCAUCUGCCUCCGAUGGCGAAGAACCAACUUUCACAGGAUCCACUCCUACAGGAACAAAGAAUCUUAAUGCUGGUGGUAAAUUGACCAUUUCUUGGUCAUUGAUUGCUGGGGCACUCGCUGGUUGGUAUUUUAUCUUAUAG